UCUGGCAGGCUUGCAAGCUUCUUACGGGACGUAUGUUCCCAUCUGCCGGCAGGCAAUUGAACGGAACACAUCUAGCCCAGAACUGCCCACCUUUCCGCCGGCAUUCUCUACCUCCGUAGAGGUAAAUAUCGUCAAUAAGAACUAUACUGCCAUUUACAAGGAAUUCUAUGACCUAGCUGCAAAUAAGGGUACCUUGCAGCGAACGAGAGAUGGAAAGACAACGCUAUCUAUCUACGACUACAGUUUAGACGAGAGAAUCGAUGUGGACGUGGGUGCGAAAAAUUGUUCCGUCUCUUCCAUUUAUGCAGGACCCCGUCAUUUUAAUUUCUUUGGAAACAACCACUCGCAUAUCGAAAGCGUCUCACAGUUGUUUCAUUUUGCGAAGAGGUUUAACGAAACCUACAUGGGUGUUGUGUCCAUUCGAGGAAUCAAAUGCAAUCACUGGAGAGCUUGCGUGGUGCAUAAUAACAGUUCAUACAACUUGGACUACUUUUUUUCAGUGCCAGGUUGGAAAACAAGUUGGCCAAAUGCAACAGUGGUGCGUGCUGUUAUUAAUGGUACAUCUAGCAGGCGGGGUGCUCUGCAUGAUUUUUAUCAUGUUUAUGAUUUUUUCAAUUUUCGGCCUGGUUCCCCUAACCCUUCUGAAUUCCAGCUUCCUAGUGGAUAUUUCUGUGUAGGACUCAAAGGUUUAAACAAGACUGUCCCUAAAGUCCCUCCAGCAUUUACUGUGAACUUUGAAAUGGUUUUCAGAGGCACCAGGGGAAACAGAACUUUUUAUGUUGAUUCAAACUGGCAGGAAAUUUACGAUCUCGAGAAGAAACUUUUCUUGUUGAAGCACCCAAACUGGUUUAGUCAUGGUCAAGUUGUAACAGUCCAUGAUUUCAACACAGGAAUUUCUUAUAAUAUAUCAACUGGCAAGUCUGGACCAGUUUGCAAAAUAUCUGCUUUAUCCUCCUUGAUACAUGCUGUGGAUGUGCAUAGUGAUGGACACCACCACAUUCGCAUGAAGACAACUCAUGAGUUGUUUAACACCCCUCAAAGAAAUGGGUCGUCUCCCCUUAUUUACAAAGGUUCUACUACUGUGCGUGGUAUUGAUGUAGACAUCUGGGUUGGAAAGGGCAUGAUAAAAAACAGGACUACAAAUGAGUCAACUGAGGUUAUCCAAGAGUAUUUCUUCUCAAAACCAAAGUGGAUCUUCAUGGCAGGAUCACAGCUCUUCCAAACCCAGGUCCCUGUCCGCCUGGAUAUGUACACUUCAGAUGGACAACACUAUAUCUUCAACAUGUUCAAUUUUGAUACUGAGGCUGCAGAGACAACAGCCUUUGACAUUAAACCUUGCUUCAAUUAUAGUGAACAACGUUAUAUUCAGUUCAACCUUGAUGGUGAUUAUGUAAAGUAUGCUGCCUUAAGCGAGUUCAGGUUAUUGCUCAGCAAGACCAUCAGUAAAGCAGCAAAUGUGUCAAUUAUCAGAGUUAAUGGAUUGAGGUUGCUGAACAAUGAGGGUAAAAUGACUGUUGUUUUCAUUUUUCUGAACAAAACAAAGCCUGUUGUUGAUGCAGAGGUUACAGUGUAUCCUGAAAACGGUCUCAUGGAUGCAGUGGGUGCCUUAAAUAAAACAGUUACAAGUGGAGAAUUCAAACUUAACUUCCAAACCAAACCCAUACAGGCUGAGAAGUCUUCAUUCCGAGAAGGCCUGGUGCCAAAAACUCCUCCUUCUCCAGCCAGUCCAACAGACAAACCCUCAAGCAAACCAGGCCCAGGGCACAAAAGUGAAGUCAAAACAAAGGGUCUGUCAAGUGGUGCUGCAGCUGGAAUUUCAAUCCUCAUGCUAGUUGUUGGAAUAUUUGGAGGCUUGGUUAUUGCACAUGUGAUUAUGAAGCGCCGUGGAACAAGCUUGUUCCAGUAUCAGCGUCAGGAAUAGGUGUAGUCGUGUUUAGUAUAACCUCUUCUGAACUACUCCUUUGUGUUGAAAUGUUUUGUUUUGUUUGUGUUAAUGAUGAGCAUAAUUUAGUUUGGUCCAGUAUAGGGUAAGGAUCUAUAGCUCUGGUCUGGUUUAAUUGUUUAAGGAUUUGAGAUACAGUAAAAGUAAGAAGGGAAGGGAAGUGACCAAGUCACUGCUGAUCUUAGUUUUAAAUGGAUUGGCUGAGAAGCUUCUCUACAUUGUAAGAUUCUGGAAGAAUCAAUCAUGUUAGCUAUGUUUUAUUAAUUUUCUAAAUUACAAUGGAGUAGUAAUAAUGGAAGUAAAGAACCUUUUUUAAUGAUUAACUUAAUAGUUACAAGUUGAUUUAGAUGGUUCUACAUGGAACCCAAACUUAGAGCCAAUCCUUAACUCCUACAAUUCACAAGGUUGAACUGAAUAUUGAUUCUCUGUACUCUCUGCCAUGAAUUUCUCCAAGCUUUAGCAUUGGUUAUUUUGGUCACAAUUCAAACAAUAUCCUGUGGCUGAUAUUUUUCAGGCAUCAAUCUCUAUCAGCAUUCUCCCUUAAUAUUUUGAUACUGCAAAGAAAUUGUUGUUUUUGUCUCUCCUGGGGGUGAAACCUGGGGUUUAAAUACAUUGAUGGGAGAAUUUGUUCCCUUAGCUUUUUUAGCUUAGUUCAGCAAUUUGUGACUUGAUACAACAUAAUUAUAUGACUGCAGUUGUAAGAUGCUAGCACCAAUGUAUUGGUAAGAUCUAAACUUGUCUUAAAAAAGAAGCAAGCUAUUUAAUCAUUCAAGACAUGCAAUUUUUCACCUUUGUAUUGCACCUGUGCACUUCAGUCUUCUGAAAUUUAUAUCAAUAAAUGUAUAGUCGCAUUGAAGUACGAACAGGUAAACAUUCUCACUGACUCUAAAGUUCAUACAAUGCAAUACCCAGACUUAAUUCAUUGUAGAAUAGCUAACAUACUGUACUGUAGUAAAUGUCUGCCUCUGUUCAUUUUAUAAAACCUUGUAGUGGUCAGAAGUACAAGAUUGAAAAAUAUCAGCAUAGAUAUUUUUAUUUAUUACUGAGCAGUUACUGUUCAUUAAUUAUUUUGACACCAUCUGGGAGGAAACAACGUUUUUCUAAAUAAGUAAAUAAAGUGUAAGUCAGUUGCAUAAUGUAAUCAGUCGGCAAAUAUGUGUGAUUAAAUUUUAAAUGAAAAUUUG